AUGGCAAAGCUCUUGGCCGUCAUGCUCGGCCUGCUGGCGCAGGUACAUCUUGGUGCUGCUGCGGCUGAAAAUUGGCCCUUGGCUGGAGGUAUUGGUAUGUUUACCCAUUCGACGGCUUGCCCCGCCCCCACCUCUUCCCUCAGCGCUGUUGUUGCAAGGCAAACGGCCGGCAACUCGCGAUCAAAGACCCAAAACUCCCAGCCGCUGCUCACCUUACUUUCCUUUUUGUACGUGCCGUGUCGCUUCCGUCGCAAUGUGGCUAUUAUAGAAACGCUGCAGGGAACUGCGUCGCGGCAAGGCCCCGGCGAGGACACGUUUCGCUUUGCCAUUCUGUUUGCCGAGCCCAUGCCUGAUGAUCCAUACGUGAGCAUUGACAUGAUCGCCAUUGAUGGUGAUGACUUUGCCUUGGCCUUUGCCGAUGAUCCCGUCACCGACCCCCGCGGCUUUAUUGUCGACGUUCUCUGCGCCGAGCCAGCCUUGGCCAACGCCACCAUCCAUUGGCGGGCCACCUUUCAGGGCCCCUGCGAGGCGCACAGCCAUUGCCCUGACAGCCAGUACUGCGACACGUACGCUGGGUGCGACGACUGCAUGGUGUGUCACCAACUGCAAGAUACCUUCGACGGUGGUGCUUGCCCUGAGCGAUGCAUGCCUAAAGUCUCCGAACCAGAGGAAUUCGACUUUCCCUCCCCUUGUCUCGUGUGCCCAGAACGCACUUACCCCUGCGGGAAUGCCUGCGUUGACGUCUAUGGUCUGGAACUGCCCGAAUGCUAUGCAUCGCCUGGUUGCGCCGUUGGCUUUCAACGCGGCUCUUUGACCGCCUACAACGAUAACCUCUUCAGCCUAAACUCCACCUACGCCACGCAGCUCAAGGCCGACGCAGCCUUAGCCCGCGUGAAUAGCAUCGACCCAAACUAUGCCCCUCGAGAGCUAUACGAGUCUUUGAGCCGCGUGCGCUCUACCUCGCUUUGUGCCACUGUGGAGUGCGCUCCACCAGAGACCUGCUACGGUGAAGCCACGUGCACAAACGGCGUGUGCUCGACCAAUCCUUUCUUGGCCGCUGGUACCGAGUGUGAUGAUGGCAACAACCGGACCACAAGCGAUGUGUGCGAUGGUGCUGGCACCUGUGCAGGGAUUGACCUCUGUGACGGCGUGGUGUGCACGGCGCUGGAUCAAUGUCACGUGCCUGGAGAGUGCUUCCAGGGUGUUUGCUCCAAUCCACCAGCACCGGUGGGCACAGUUUGUGAUGAUGGCCUGGUCUACACCAACGACACGUGCAAUGGCUUUGGCCAAUGCAUUGGUGUUGAUCUCUGCGAGAACGUGACCUGCACUGCCGCUUCUCAGUGCCACGCCGUGGGCGUCUGUAGCUUUGGAAGCUGCUCUGACCCGGUGCUCCCCGAGGGCGUGCCCUGCGACGAUGGAAUCGCGUACACCAACGAUACCUGCGACGGCGCUGGCGCGUGCGUUGGUGUAGAUCUCUGCGACGGCGUCGUUUGCCUGCCCCCCAGCCAAUGCCACGUGCAAGGGACCUGCAGUUUUGGAGAGUGUACCCCGGUGCCUGCUAUGGCGGGCACGCCCUGUGAUGAUGGUCUUAGCUACACCAACGACACCUGCGAUGGCUGGGGCGUAUGUGUCGGCGUUGACCUCUGCGAGAACGUGACCUGUACUCCGGCGUCCCAAUGUCACGAUGUGGGUACUUGCAGCUUUGGUAGCUGCUCCAAUCCUACCAAAUCAGAUGGGACGCCCUGCGACGAUGGCAAUGGCAUGACUGACUUUGAUGAGUGCGUCGCUGGCGUGUGCCAAGGCGUACUGCAGCCUACUGUCGGACCAACGCAGAGUAUGGGCUUUCAGACAGUAGCUGUCAUUGAGCUCAUCACACCCAACGCUUCUCUUGCAACGAUAAGCGCCUUCAUCGCUGCCGCCAUCCCGGGCGUGUAUGGCGACGAUGUGCACGUGAAUGAGACCCUUCGCGAGCUUCGGGCCACGGCCAGUGCCAUCCGCGAUGUGCAGCGUCUGGAGCUACGCAUCAACACUCGAGUCUUUGGCGAAACUUACGUGGUGUCCCAGCUGGACAUGCUUCUGAAUUCAAGCACCUUUGCCGCCCUGACAACGACUGAACCCGAUGGCAAAGUUGUCAUCCUUAGUGCACCCCAUGCCAUCCUUCGGUGCUUGACAGAUGAGGUGUGCCCUGCCCUAUCCUGCGCUGAUGAUGAGAUUGAGUAUCAGUCGCAAUACCCCAGCGUGCGCCGCUGCUGCGCCGUCUGUCUACGCCGGGCUCUCUAUGAUGCGACAGAGAUCGAGGCUUACCAAAAAGCCACCCAGCAUUGGAUGGCAGCUCAAGCUGAGCAAGACGCCGAUUUCGUGACGCGGGAUCUGGCCGAGUACGAGCAAGAGCUGGCUGCCUUUAAAAUGGAGCUGGAAGCUUAUGAGACGGAUGCAGCUGCAUGGGAUUUGGAAUGGGCCAACUACACAACUCGCGAGGAAUUAUUUUACAGAUUGACCUGCCCUUGAGCUCAGCAGCUGCGAACCUCGACCGCUACGAGUUGACAGCAUAUCCGUUUUCCAAGUCAAUUUGGGUCGCAGAUGCUGCACGGCAGCCUUGUCUCUGCAGCAGACUCACAUAUUGUUUUUCUCAUCAUAACUGAACCUAGCCUGAUCGACUGCUCUGUUUGUUUGUGUGGUCUUGAGCGGUCUGAGUCUUGCAAAAUUGCUUCGUGUUGGCCACUGACGCGGCUAAUUGACGUCUCUGGAUGU